ACAAAUACAAAAUCCUUCUUCUUCUUCCUCUUCCCCAUUUUAUCUUCCUCUUCCUCAACCAAUUCUUUAUCUUCAACAUUAGCAGCUUUAUUACCUCCAGAAAUUAGUGCAAAAGUAUUUUGCCCGCCAAGUUCAAUCAAUCCAAAAUCAACACGUCGAAUGCCUCGAAAAAGCCGUCAAGAAUUAAAUCAUAAACGAGUACAUAAAUGCUGCUUUCCAAAUUGCACAAAAGUAUAUACAAAAUCAAGCCAUUUAAAAGCACAUCAACGGCUGCAUACUGGUAAAAAUUAA